AUGUAACUUAAUCUCAAAUCAAUAAUCUUGACUUCAAUUUAUUUUUCAAAAAAGUUUACAAACUCUUCUCUACAGUUUCACACUAAUCUUAAAAUAAAUAUUAAGUGUUAAAAUUACUCUGAUGACUAUAUUGCAUCUACUAUAAGCAGUGCAUUAUAAAAAUGUACAAAUCUAACAACUUUGGAAUUAAAUUUAAAGGGAUAAAUUGGAAGGAAAGGCUUAGAUAAUCUAUGUUAAGCUUUAAGAGAAUGCAUAAAUCUUACUAAUUUAACACUUGAUGUAGAAUUAAAAGAAGGAUACGGUGUCAUGGAGAUAUGUUCUGCUUUAUCUGAGUGUUCGAAUAUUUCAACUUUGAACCUCCAUUUUGAUUUAAAAAGCUGUUAUAUUGGUGAGGUAGAAAUAGCAUUUUUAAGCUACGCUUUAGAAAAAUGCCCAAAUCUAGCAUAAUUAAGUCUUUCAUUUGGAGAUGUUAGUAAUGAUGAUAUUUUGUAAAUAUCAAAUUUAGCUCUUGCUCUGUCUAAACACACUAAUCUCUAAGCUUUUAACCUCAAAAUAGGCUAAUUUCAUAUAAUUUGCUAUUGA